CAAAAUCAAGGUAGGGCGGGCGCCCUACCUUGCCCUACUGGGUCCUCCGCCCGUGGUUCAGUUUAGUGUAAUCUUCUGAAGCACUAGAAAGGCAGCUGCUUCUAGAGAGUUGUUGCACAAUGGCUUAUGGUGGAGACGAGGAGCAAAGCCAGGACUAUCUGUUCAAAAUUGUUCUGCUUGGUGACUCUUCUGUCGGUAAAUCUAAUUUGCUAGCAAGAUUUGCUAGGAACGAGUUCUUUCCAAAUUCUAAAUCCACUAUAGGAGUAGAGUUUCAGACCCAGAAGUUGGUAAUUGAUGGAAAGGAAAUUAAAGCUCAGAUAUGGGACACAGCAGGACAAGAACGUUUCAGAGCAGUCACAUCUGCUUAUUACAGGGGAGCUGUUGGAGCUCUUCUAGUUUAUGAUAUUACCAGACGCCAGACAUUUGACAGUGUUGGUCGAUGGCUUAAUGAACUUCACACCCACUCUGACAUGAAUGUUGUCACAAUUCUCAUCGGCAACAAAACUGAUCUCAAGCAUGCACGGGAGGUGAGCACCGCUGAAGGCAAAGCCCUGGCCGAGGCUCAGGGCCUCUUCUUCAUGGAAACCUCAGCCUUGGACUCAUCCAAUGUGAAAGCAGCUUUUCAAACCGUAGUUAAGGAGAUCUACAGCAUACUAAGCAGGAAAGUAUUCCAAUGUCAAGAGCAGAAGAGAAGCGAUCUGCAGUCACUAAGCAACGGCAAAGCUGUGGUGCUGCAGACUGAUGCUCCCAAAGAAGCAAACAGUGGCAGGGGGUGGUGCUGUUCUUCGUAGAGCCUGUUCCAGGACCUGGUGACAAGAGUCCCUGUGGCAUGCCAUAGGAUUGGGAGACACCCUCUGUUUCUUCCGAAAGGUUGGUUGGUUGUAUGAAAAGUGUGCUUUCCAUUGGAGGAAAUCUCAACGUAUAGUUCGAUCUGCCCUUUUGGGGUAUUGGUAUACAUGAUUGUGUAAAGAGAGAACUGUGUGGCCAACUGGCUGUUGUGUCAUUCAUUCCACAUCAUUCUAGCCCUAGACACCUCGCUUUUACUGUUCUUUGGCCAUGUCUGCUUGCCCUGAUAUGGUAAUCUUGGUUCUAAGGUAGUAAUUCUUUGCAAACUUUA